AUGCCUACUGAGAUUCCUGGACCACCCGGCGUGCCGCUGCUGGGUAACAUCUUUGACGUCAACCCCAACGAGACCUGGAACUCGCUGAACAAGCUAGCCAAGCAAUAUGGCCCCAUCUUCAAGAUCAACGCGCUCGGCCACCAGAUUGUCUUCAUUGGCAGCGUCGCCCUUCUCGAGGAAAUUUGCGACGAAACAAGAUUCCGCAAAUGUGUGACCGGUCCCGUACUGGAAAUUCGCUUUUCCGUGCACAACAGUCUCUUCACUGCCAAACACAGUGAGAUGGCGGAAUGGGGCAUAGCCCACCGCAUCAUGUACCCGCACGUCACCCAAGAGGCGACAGACGCUGUCUUCGCCGACAUGGCCGAGGUCAUCCCCGAUCUGACCAAGAAAUGGACAUCCGGCACCAAGCAGCGUAUCCUAGCUACCGAUGAUGUGGACCGGAUUCUGCUGGCCUCCUGUAUGAAGUGCUUCUUCAACCAGAGGGUACAUGUGCUCGGAACGGACGCAGAAUCCGUCAAGGCGAGGAAGAUGGUCGAUGCGUGGGAAGGUGCUACAAUGGAGGCGAUGAAGCGACCCACGCGCCCAAUGCCUUUGAAUCUCUUGCAUCUGGGUCGCUUCUGGUCUCUCACGAGAACCAUGCGCGCUUAUGCUACGGACAUUAAAAAAAGCCGCCUUAACAACCCCGAUCAAGCUCGCAAGGAUAUGCUGGAUGCCCUUCUGAACGGCGUCGACCCGGAGACCGGCAAGAAGCUCACCGACUCGGAGCAUCUCGAUGAGAUCGUGACCAUUUUCAUCGGCGCGGCUACCGCUGCAAACCUCGUCUCCUACGCCCUGUACUACCUGAUGGAGAACCCCGAACCUCUCAAGAAGGCGCAGGAGGAAAUCGACUCCGUCGUUGGCGACGGCCCCAUCGACCUCGCCCACCUAAAGCAGCUCAACUACGUCGAAGCCUGUCUCCGCGAGGCAAUCCGUCUCUCCGCCACCGCUCCGGGCUUCAACAUCGAGCCCAUCCCUCCCGCGGACGAGAACGACAAGACGCCCGUGCUGUUGGCAGGCGGCGAGUACCAGAUCUCCAACAAACAGCCCAUGAUCGCAAUCCUAAACUCAGUCAACCGCGACCCAGCCGUCUUCGAAUUCCCCGAGGAGUUCAAGCCGGAGCAAGUCCUCGGUGAGAAAUGGGAUCAGCUACCAGCUGCCGCGAAGAAGGGCUUCGGCAAUGGCAAGCGCGAGUGUAUCGGUAAGAAGUGGGCGUGGCAGUGGGCGUUCUUCACGCUGGCGAGCAUUAUCAAGGAUGUCUCGUUCGAGUUGGAGGAUAAGAACUACCAGUUGCAUUCCAAUGGCGCGUUUAGCAUUAAGCCGUUGGACAUGUGGACUUUGAUGAGCCCGCGCCAGAAGUGA